CCAAAGAUGUCAAAUUUCAAUUCUUCCAAAGGGAAUUAUUUUAUAGCAGAAGGGUUGAUUAGGGAUUGUGCAUCCUUGGUGUUCAGCCUUAGUAAAGUUGGAGAAAGGCCCCCAACAAAGCUAAAACAUUAUUUGUGGAGCAAGUAUUAAUAACAAUUGGGAAGUGAUCAAUUUUCCCUACAUUAGAAGAAUGCAGUGUUCGUUGGCGCAUCACGGGUAAGAAGUUUUAGUUGCUUAUUAACAACAGAGAAAGAAGUCUGCGACAGCCAAAGACGGCAAAUUUUAGCUCUUUCAAAAGGGAAUUACUUGAUGGACCUGGGAUUGUGCAUCCGUGGUGAUCCGACUGAGUAAAGUUGGGGAAUGGACCCAUCAAAGCUAAUACAUUUUUUGUGGAGCAAGUAUUUAUAAAAAUUGGGAUAUGAUUAAUUAUCCCUACGUUAGAGAAAUGUAGUGUUCGUUGGCGCAUCACGGGUAAGAAGUCUGAGCUCCUUAUUAAGAACAGAGAAAGAAGUCUGCGACAGCCAAAGAUGGUAAAUUUUAAUUCUUCCAAAGGGAAUUAAUUGAUGGACCAGGAAUUGUGCAUCCUUGGUGUUCAGCCUUAGUAAAGUUGGGGAAAGGUCCCGAACAAAGCUGAUACAUUGUUUGUGGAGCAAGUAUGUGGUGGUCCGACUUAGUAAAGUUGCUGAAUGGCUUCAACAAACCUAAUACAUUGUUGAGCAAGUAUUAAUAACAAUUGGGAAACGAUCAAUUAUCCCUACAUUAGGUAGAUGUAGUGUUCGUUGGUGCAUCAUGGGUAAGAAGUUUUAGAUGCUUAUUAACAACAAAGAAAGAAGUCCGCGACAGGCAAAGACGGUAAGUUUUUAUCCUUCCAAAGGGAAUUAAUUGAUGGCAGAAUGGUUGAUUUGGGAUUAUGUAUUCGUGGUGGUCAGCCUUAAGCAGCCCAUCCACAGACGAAUUUGUUCGACGAACAUGUGUUGUUUACAUCGUUGGUGUUAGUGAAUUUUUUGUUGGUGUUAGUGAAUUUUGUGUUCGACGUUUUGUUCGCCAAAAAUUAAAACGUUUCAAUCUUUUUUGUGUUCGCACGAACAUUUGACACAGUGGAUGGCAGUGUUCGACGAACAUCAGUUGAAAAAUAUUUUUUUAGAGUGAAGACGUGCUUAAAAUGUCACAACAAUUUUUAUUGGAAUUUAUUAAUUGCCUGGAAAAUGAACCAGCAUUGUGGCAAACAAAAAGCGACAUAUAUAAAAAUAAAAAUGCCAGAAACAAAUCGUGGGAAGUUUUAUUAAAUAAAUAUAAAAAUGUGGAUGAACAUGCAUCCAUUGAAACUGUGAAGAAAAAAGUGAAUUCGUUGCGCGCAUCAUAUAGACGGGAACUGCACAAAAUUAAAAGGAGCGAAAAGUCUGGAGCUGGAACAGACGACGUAUACAAACCCAGCAUAUGGUAUUUCGAUCAGCUGAAUUUUCUUCAAGAUCAGGAGACUUCAGUUGACGGAAUAAACACAUUUGACGACAGCUUUGAAAUUGAAAUACCAAAGACCACUAAACGCAAACGUGACGAAGGAGCUCAGUUUCUGCAAAAAGCAGUAGAGCACUUGGACAAUGUAAAGAAUAUAAAAACAAAAGACAACGCUGACAUUUUCGCUGAAGGAUGGGCUGCGAUGUUCAGGCAGCUGACAAAAGAGCAACAGCUUUUUGCAAAAAAAGGAAUUGAUGAGCUCCUAAUGCAAGGCAGUAUGAAUAUGCUAACAUAUUCAUCUGUGUCAAGCAUUGAAAACUUCCAGAAUAAUAUUAAUUGUCAUGCGCCAGUGCCGGUUUAUCCCCGACAAAUUAUUCGAGUCAGCACUCCCCUAACAAGUGACUCCACCAGUACAUCUUCCUUUAUGUCGCACUACUCUGUAGAUGAUAAUUCAACACGCCCAGUAUUGAUCACACAAAAUAACAACGUGGCAGCAUCUUCGUAUAAUGAUUUAUUCAACAGCGAUGAAUAUGUAUAAGGAUUAUUAAUAUUAGACUUAAAUGAAAUUAAUAUUUAAAUAAAACAUUUUUAUUCUUACUUUUAUAUA